CCCCUCACACUUUGUAGGAUCAUCACACCCCGCCUUGCCCUGCUGUCCUCUGCCUUGUGUGCUCAUUUCCUGAACUGCCAUAGCAGUUGCACUGCAUAUUUGGCAACCUCGGCAAGCCUCAAAGAGUGUUCUUGCACUUGCAUCGCCUGUGGAAAUUCGGUGCGAGGCCAUGGGUGGCACGUUGUUGAUCGAUGCGAGCCCUGAGGCGUCGCCUCCCCUGUCGCGGGUGGCCACCUCCGGCGCCCACGGCGAGGACUCCCCCUACUUCGCGGGGUGGAAAUCAUACGAGGAGAACCCCUACGACGCCGUCUCCAACCCGAGCGGCGUCAUACAGAUGGGCCUCGCCGAGAACCAGGUGUCGUUCGACCUCCUGGAGGGGUACCUCAGGGAGCACCCGGAGGCGGCGGCCUGGGGCGGCGCCGGUGCCGGCUCCGGCGUGGCCAGCUUCAGGGACAACGCCCUGUUCCAGGACUACCACGGCCUCAAGGCCUUCAGGAAGGCGAUGGCGAGUUUCAUGGAGAAGAUAAGGGGCGGCAAGGCGAGGUUUCACCCCGACCGCAUCGUGCUCACCGCCGGCGCGACGGCGUCCAACGAGCUGCUUACGUUCAUCCUGGCCAACCCGGGAGACGCGCUACUGAUUCCCACUCCUUACUACCCAGGGUUUGACAGAGACUUGAGGUGGAGGACAGGAGUGAACAUCGUGCCGGUGCACUGCGACAGCGCGAACGGGUUCCAGGUCACGGUCGCCGCGCUCCAGGCGGCGUACGAGGAGGCCACGGCCGCGGGGAUGCGCGUCCGCGGCGUCUUGCUCACGAACCCGUCGAACCCGCUUGGUACGACCGUGAAGCGGUCUGUCCUCGAGGACGUCCUCGACUUCGUGGCUCAUAAGAACAUCCACCUCAUCUCCGACGAGAUAUACUCCGGCUCGGUCUUCGCGGCACCGGACCUCGUCAGCGUGGCGGAGCUCGUCGAGUCGCGCGCGCGCCGCGGCGACAUCGGCAUCGCGGAGCGCGUGCAUAUCGUGUACAGCCUGUCCAAGGACCUGGGCCUCCCGGGUUUCCGCGUCGGCGUGGUGUACUCGUACAACGACGCCGUGGUCACCACGGCGCGGCGCAUGUCCAGCUUCACGCUCGUGUCGUCGCAGACGCAGAAGACGCUCGCCGCCAUGCUCUCGGACGCGGCGUUCGCCGACGCCUAUAUCCGCACUAACCGCGAGCGCCUCCGGGAGCGGCACGACCACAUCGUGGCCGGGCUGGCCCGCGCCGGCGUGCCGUGCCUGCGCGGCAAUACGGGGCUGUUCGUGUGGAUGGACAUGCGGCGGCUGCUCGGCGAGGCGACCGUCGCCGGCGAGCUGAGGCUGUGGGACCGGAUGCUGCAUGAGGUGAAGCUCAACAUCUCACCGGGUUCGUCGUGCCAUUGCUCGGAGUCCGGCUGGUUCAGGGUGUGCUUCGCGAACAUGAGCUUGGCCACGCUGGAUGUUGCGCUCGCAAGGAUGAGCCGCUUCAUGGAGAGCUGGAACAAGGAAACAACAACAAAGCAAGAACAGCAUUAGAUCGAGAAGUAAAAAUUAAAUUUUGAGGGUAAAUUAAAACAUUGAUUUAUUCAGAGAGUAAUUACUCAAAGGGUGAGUUUUAAUUCUUUUUUCAUUCGUCAGUUGAUGGUAGCUUCAGUUUUGUAACAAUAAUUCUCUCUCAAAAUGAGGGAUAUGUGUAUAAGAAUGGUUAAUUAGCCGGAAUGUCUCUUCCCCAAUCGCCUGGAAAUUUUAUAUCUCUCA